GGAUUUCAUCAUCGCCGAACCUCAAAAGAGUGUCUAAUCAUCGGAAUCCUUCGAUUCACUUUCUUCCCAAAUUCUUUUCCCUCGAAUUGAUUGACGAGGAGGAGAUUUGUAUUUGAUCUGUUAUCUCAGAUUCCAGGAUGAAAAGAGGAGCCCUUAGACGAAGGGCUAGGGAUAUCUCUGUUAUGCUUGUUGUGCUUGUUUGUGCAACCGUAGUCAUAUGGACAUGGGAUAAAACGCCAACCUCGGCCUUUCUUCCACCUGAAAGUCACUAUCUAAAGCUGCAAUCAGAAGAAAAGGUUGAGAGACUACCUACUGCGCUGAAUACUGAAACUAAAGACAGCUAUUCAUUAGCUACUCCAUUUGUAAACAAAGAGGGAAGCAAAGAGGAUUCACCCGAUAAUAAAGAUACAGAAGAAGAAGAAGAGAAACAGAUGGAAGAAGCUACUGGCGAAGCUAGGAAGACAACACAUAUUAAAGAGACUAGUUCAGAUCCAGAGAGUAAUAUUCUUGCAUCAGAUGAAGAGAGGACUGAUGGUAGUACUUCAACAGCUCACAUCAAGAAUCAAGCUUGCAAUUAUGCGAAAGGGAAAUGGGUUGUGGACAAUCACCGUCCUUUGUAUUCAGGAUCUCAAUGCAAACAGUGGCUUGCUUCAAUGUGGGCGUGCAGGUUGAUGCAACGUACAGACUUUGCCUUUGAAAGUUUAAGAUGGCAACCUAAAGAUUGCUCUAUGGAAGAAUUUGAGGGUUCCAAGUUCCUGAGAAGGAUGAAGAACAAAACCCUAGCCUUUGUUGGAGACUCGUUGGGAAGACAACAGUUUCAAUCUAUGAUGUGUAUGAUCACGGGAGGCAAAGAGAGGCUCGAUGUCCUUGAUGUGGGACCAGAAUUUGGGUUCAUAACUCCCGAAGGUGGAGCUCGUCCUGGUGGCUGGGCUUACAGGUUCCCAGAAACAAACACAACUGUCCUAUACCACUGGUCAUCUACACUCUGCGACAUAGAACCACUCAACAUCACUGACCCCGCAACUGAACAUGCUAUGCAUCUCGAUCGCCCACCAGCGUUUUUACGCCAAUACCUUCAUAAGAUCAAUGUCUUGGUAAUGAACACAGGUCACCAUUGGAACCGAGGGAAGCUCAACGGUAACAGAUGGGUGAUGCAUGUUAAUGGCGUUCCCAACACUAACAAGAAGCUAGCCGCACUUGGGAACGCCAAGAAUUUCACAAUCCACAGCACAGUUAGUUGGGUUAACUCGCAACUCCCUCUCCAUCCCGGUCUCAAGGCAUUCUACAGAAGCCUUUCACCGAGACAUUUCGUGGGCGGGGAAUGGAACACUGGAGGGAGCUGCAAUAACACAACCCCAAUGUCUAUCGGGAAAGAAGUUUUGCAAGAGGAGUCAAGCGAUUACAGUGCGGGUCGUGCAGUGAAAGGUACAGGGGUUAAGCUUUUGGACAUAACAGCCUUAUCUCAUAUUAGAGACGAAGGUCACAUAUCACGGUUCAGUAUCUCGGCUGCUCCGGGAGUUCAGGAUUGCCUCCAUUGGUGCUUGCCCGGUGUUCCUGAUACAUGGAACGAAAUCCUUUUUGCAAUGAUCUAAGUUUUCAAGUUACAGAGAAAGGGCUUGAGGCAAAUCAUAGCCGGCCUUUGAUAGCGUUUUACAACACACAUUAAAGUUUUAGCGGCCUGAGGUGUAAGUUAGUAUUUAUUCUGGUACAAAACCAAAGCUCUGGGUAUCACAGACGUAUUGUCGUUAGCAUAACCAUACCGGGGUUUGGUUUCGACCAUAUAUUACAGAACAGAUUCUAACUCUUGAAAUUUGUCUUUGAUCGAUUAAAAGAAAAUUUUAGAGUUAAU